GCAGGUACGCAAGCUGAGUUGGAAAGUUUGGCCUUUUCAUUGGAGAGGGACGGGGCUGCAGCGAACCGGGACGGCAAGAACGGUCGUGGCCAGUUUCUGAUAGGCGGAGAGAGAUAUUAUCAUAUCACCUGCCGGGGCCCGGCGUUCGCCUAUAAGACCCGAGGUGGGGAUUAGGGAAGCUCCCUCUCGCUGCACGCACAAGUUCUUCUCUUUGGUUCUGUCUUCUCCGCUGGAUUUGUUCAGGUUCUUGGUGUUGAGCUGAGCAAGAAAUUGGGGUCUUGGAAAGAAAUCAAAUCAUUCGGUUGAACUAAUUCAGAACUAUUCAAGGAAUGAUUGAAGCGACUAUAUGGGAUUUCGAAUACAGGAAUUCAGUUGUACUAAUUGAAGUUUGUCACAUACAGGUGAGUGAAACAAAUGGGGAUAGGGAAUGGAUCAGAGAGUGAUGCGCAGUAUGCAUCACACAAGGCACCGCAAGAUGAGACUGCACCACUUCUCCCAGUCAAGGCGGAAGAAGAGGAUGCAAUCCAUGAGUUCAAUGGUGCUUCCUUCUCUGGUGCAGUGUUCAAUCUGUCAACGACCAUUGUAGGGGCUGGAAUCAUGGCUCUGCCAGCGAGUAUCAAGAUGCUAGGCCUUAUCCCUGGUAUUCUGAUGAUCAUCCUUGUGGCGUUGCUCACUGAGGCAUCCAUUGACAUGCUGGUCAGGUGCAGCCACCAGGGAAAGAUUACAUCCUACGGGUGGCUGAUGGGCGACACUUUUGGACAAUGGGGAAGGAUUGCUCUGCAAGCAUCUGUGGUGAUAAACAACAUUGGUGUGUUGAUUGUAUACAUGAUUAUCAUCGGUGAUGUCCUAUCAGGAACAUCAACAACUGGUGUUCAUCACAGUGGCAUAUUUGAGGGGUGGUUCGGACCUCAUGUAUGGAAUUCUCGUCCUGUUGUUCUCCUUGCCACAACUCUUCUUGUGUUUGCUCCAUUGGUGAGCUUUAAGCGUUUGGAUUCAUUGAGAUACACAUCUGCGCUAUCAGUUGCUCUUGCUGUGGUGUUUGUUGUCAUCACUGCUGGAGUUGCUAUUGUCAGGCUCAUUGAAGGAACUGUGGAGAUCCCCAAACUCUUUCCUGAGAUAGAUGGAAUUAAUUCUGUCUGGAAAUUAUUCACAGCUGUGCCUGUUCUUGUGACUGCCUAUAUUUGCCACUACAAUGUUCACAGCAUCGACAAUGAGCUGGAGGACAGGACUCAAAUUAAACCAAUUGUGCAAACUUCACUGGGACUCUGCUCAAGUGUUUACAUCGCAACAAGCUUCUUUGCAUAUCUCCUCUUUGGUGAGGCUACCCUGGCCGAUGUGCUCGCCAAUUUCGACUCUGACCUUCGCAUUCCGUUCAGCUCUGUCUUCAAUGACAUUGUAAGAGCGAGCUAUGUGGUCCAUGUUAUGCUCGUCUUUCCAAUAGUCUUCUUUGCCCUUAGACUCAACCUGGAUGGACUGCUCUUUCCCACCUCAAGGCACAUUUCUCGUGACAACCGAAGGUUCACCAUUAUCACUAUCUCACUAAUUGCUGUAAUUUAUCUUGCUGCCAUCUUCAUACCGAGCAUCUGGGAUGCGUUCCAAUUUACUGGGGCCACAGCUGCUGUGCUUAUUGGUUUCAUCUUUCCUGCCAUGAUUAUACUCAGGGAUCCUUAUGGUGUUUCAACCAAUCGCGACAAGGUUUUGGCUGUAACCAUGAUUGUGCUUGCUGUGGUCUCAAAUUCUGUGGCCCUAUACAGCGAUGCACUUAACAUCUUCUACAGGAAAGAGGAAGCCUAGAGUCCAUACCUCAAGGGAAAGUUCUAUGUACAGUUGAGAGUGGUUAUUGAGCUUAAAUCACUAUUACUGCAGGGACGCGAGCUUAAAUCACUAUUACUGCAGCGACGCCAUAUGAUUUCAUGGUGGUCAAUAAUUUUUGUUCUGGUCACUUGAAAGGAUUCGGUUCGCCGCAUUUGUCUAUUUUGCUGAACAUAAUCUGGCUCAACGCCUAGAUGAGCCACUUGCGAUAUGAUCAGCCAUGCUUGUAUCAAUGCCAGAAAUAAGCAUUUUUAUUCCUUUUGUUGUUAAUUCGGUCAUCUUGAAAUGGAUGACCUGAAAAGGAUGUGUAUAAACAAUAAUGCAAUUGUUGCAUCUUCAUAUUUUGUUUGUGUGUGGAGAUAAA